UACGAUUCAACUUAUUGUUCAUGCAGGAGUCAAAUAAGUAUAGAACUUGUAAGCAGAGGAGCUCAGUUCAUAAGAAAGAUUAAAAGAUUAAUUCUGAAAGGUUUUCAUUAUCAAAUAUCAUUGAAAUAUAGACGUAGUCUGAAUGUUGAUAUGAAUAAUUAUACACCUAAGUAACCUAAAUGGGCUGAAAAGAAUAUUAAAAACACGAACAGAUAUUCCUUUACUGAUCUGAAUGAAUAAGAAAAGAGGGGAUCAACAAGUACAGUAGCCACAUUAGCAACAAUGAGCACAGAUUUUUAUGUUUAGGAUGAUUAUCCAAUUGAAGAAAUGACUUCUUCAAGUGAUGAAUCCGAAAGCCAUGUAAAAUUUAAAACAGAAAUGUGCAAAAAUUGGAGUAUUUUGGGUAAAUGCAAUUAUGGAAAUAAGUGUUAAUUUGCACACGGUUAAAAUGAAAUGAUAAAUCGAUAGUGUAAUCAGAAAUACAAAUCCAAACUGUGUCGAUCUUUCCAUUAGGAUUAUGUUAUUAACACUUAAUAUACAUUUAGGUAUGCUUUUAUGGAGCUAGAUGUCAAUUUAUUCAUGAGAGUAGAAGUGUUGACCAAAUCAGAAAAGAUUACAAAUCUUAAACUUCAUUUUAUUAGCCUGCUUCAAGCUCAUUAAGAUUGAAAUCAUUUCAACUCAUAACAAGAGAUUGGAAAUCAGAAAUUCCAUUGUAAGAGUGUAUUAAGCUUUGGAAAACUAUGAUAUUAUUAUAAAUCAAUAUAUCCUCAAGUAGUGAUUGA